UUGAUUUCCGAUCGUUGGAUGGGGCGGAUUUACUGCUUCAGUCUGCUGCUACAUCAUCUCAGCUGAUUCAGAGGAUUCCCCCUGCUGGGAAACGACCAAGUAGCCCCUGUGCAAGAUUAGCACAGCCGACCAGCAUGGACUUUAACGUCAAAAAACUGGCUUCCGAUGCAGGGGUCUUCUUCACCAGGGCGGUGCAGUUCACAGAAGAGAAGUUUGGCCAGGCUGAGAAGACUGAACUCGAUCCUCACCUUGAAAACCUGAUCGCUCGGGCGGACUGUACCAAGAACUGGACUGAAAAGAUCUUGAGACAAACAGAAGUGCUCCUGCAGCCAAACCCAAUUGACCACACUGGUGCUCGAAUAGAGGAGUUCAUCUAUGACAAACUGGAGAAAAAGCUUCCUUCCAGGACAACAAAUGCAGAAUUGCUCGGCCAAUACAUGCUGGACGCCGCCAAUGAAUUUGGCUCCGGGACACCGUACGGUAGCACCCUGAUUACAGUCGGCGAAUACCAGAAAAGGCUGGGAACUGCCGAGCGAGAGUUCCUUCAAACCUCUGCCACGACCUUCCUCGCCCCUUUGCGUAACUUCCUGGAGGGAGACUGGAGGACUAUAUCGAAAGAGCGGCGAAUUCUGGAGAAUCGGCGGCUGGAUCUUGACAUCUGCAAAGCACGCUUGAAAAAAGCCAAACAGGCCGAGGCCAAGGCAGCAGCUGCACCCGAUUUUCAGGAGACAAGACCUCGAAAUUAUGUUCUUUCCGCCAGUGCAUCAGCGCUGCUGAGUGAGGAAGUGGACAAAGCGGAGCACGAGCUGCGCGUCGCCCAAACCGAGUUUGACCGACAAGCUGAAGUCACCCGGCUGCUGCUUGAGGGCAUCAGCAGCACCCACCUGAACCAUCAGCGUUGUUUGCAGGAUUUUGCGGAAGCUCAGGCCACCUACUACGCUCAGUGUCAUCACUUCAUGCAUGAGCUCCAGCGGGAACUCAACAGAUGCGGCAACGCGGUGGGCACCCCCCAGCAGUCCGCCGCCUGUCCCAACCCCGUGUCUGCUGCUGCGUUCCCAUCUGGAGCGCCGUCACCUGGUACCGCAGCGCCCGCUUCUUCCGGCUCCAAGGCCAAAACGCCGCUCGUGGAACAAACGCAGCUUCCUAUUACAGGCACCAGAAAGGCCAAAGUCCUGUACGACUACGACGCUCACGAUUCAAGUGAGCUGUCCCUCUUGGCUGAUGAGCUUAUUAGCGUCUACACCGUACCCGGAAUGGAUCCCGACUGGCUGGUUGGCGAACGAGGCAACGAAAAGGGAAAGGUGCCCGUCACCUACCUUGAACUGCUGAGCUAAAAAGGACCAAAAUCCCAAACCAAAACACGCU